AUUUUCCCCGAUUUUUAUAAAUCCAGGGACACCAAAGAGGAGUUUCCUGGAUAAGAGCCUGCUGAGCGGGUAGGAUGCGGCGGCAUGAACCGCAUCGUAUUGCUGAUGGCGAUGCUCACCAGGGCCAUCGCUCCUCAAAACAUAACAGAAAUCCAAGGAACUGAACCCACGUCCCCGCUGACAUCGCUCACUAUGCCGCCCCCAACUGUCUUCCGUAACACAAGAAUAACUACCAAGCCUAGACGACAACAAAACAGACAAGGGAAGGGAGACUCGCCCAUGUUGAAUUACAUUUUCGAUUCUUACGCGACGAGUAAUAAACAUUUUCAUGACAAAUUCAAAGCACCGUCCUUUGAAGGAGAGGAGUCAGAUGAUACUCUACUUGAUGCGGAUACUGGUUCUACAGUCAUAUUCGAUUGUAGAGUGACUUCGUUAAGGGAUAAAAUGGUUUCGUGGCUUAGAGUGUCAGAUGAGGAAAAUUUAGAAUUACUUACCUUAGAUCUAGAUACACAUACUGCAGAUUAUAGGUACAGAAUGGAUGUAGCUGGUGAUAACUGGAGAUUAUCAUUGUCAGAUGCAAAAGUCCAAGAUUCUGGCAUCUACUGCUGUCAUGUAUCCACACAUCCGCCUAUGUUAAGACGUUUUAAAUUAGUAGUACAUCCGCCGGAAAUAAGAAUGAGCAAAGAAGCGUUCUUGGAGAGCGGGGAAACUCUGUCACUGAAGUGUUCAAUACUCCACUUGCAUCCUGGAGAGAUUGUACCUGAAAUGCAUUGGUACAGAGGCAACAGUACAGUGUCACUCGACGAGCUCAGAGGCGGUGUACUAGUGGAAACGGAUCAUUUGACGCUCACCAGUCAUUUGCAGGUGUCUCGACUGAAAGUGGAGGAUGCCGGAAACUACACGUGUGCAUUGAAAGCACCAUUACACAUGAAAGCUGUUGCAAGAGUACAUGUUUUACAAGGAUCCAGCCUUGCAGAACUUCAAAGUGGUGUGAAGACUACGACCAGCUACAUAAGUUUACUCUUAGCAGCCAUACUGGUUGUAUUUGGGACGGAGUACGGAGAUAUAAGGUGACCUAGUUAGAUGACCAAUUUAGACAAGAGACGGUGACUAUUGGAUAUCGCAGGAAUAUAUUUGACACACUAGAAACACAGUCGGCUACAAUCAACGCGGGGUAAACGAAUUAUC